AUGGGCGGAGCUCAUUAGCAGCCAUUGGCGUCUCAGAGUUCAGAGUUGUUGUAGAAUUACCUUGUAAAGGCUGGGAGUCUGAUGUACAAUAAGGAGACGUGUUUAGUAUUAUUGUAAGGAAGUGUUGUUCUUGUUUUCUGGUGUGACCAGUAGUAGCCUGACGCCAGGAAGAGGAGGAGAAGUCUCAGUAUUAAAGGUGGCAUGGGGUGCGGGACCUCAAAUACAGCUGCAGUGGCUGCUGGAGCUUCAGAUUCGUCUAUAGUCGACUCGGAGGAGAAGAAAGAGCAAGCUUGGAGCAACAAGCAAGGUAGCAGCAACAAUAAGAGGAGAAUGGAAGAGUCAAGCAAAUCACCAGGUGCAGACCAGCCAAAGAGGGCAGUCUCUUUUCCUGCAGAGGAAUCCUCUGAAAUGACUGACAGCGAUACUUCAAGACCCAGGUUGACAAGGAAGGACACCCCACAUGUUCUAAGCAACCUUCCAGCUGCUCCUGUGAUGAAGACACCUGAGCUAGCAGUACAGAGAGAAGAAGGUGCUGGUAGUACUGCAGCAGCUGCCACUAGUCUUGCAAGUCCAAUGAAGCAGAAACCUGAAGCGCUCAAGCCUUUGACUGUACGCCAACCUCUCAGCCUUGAAGGGACUGAAUCUCAGAUUGAAUUCUUCAAGAAAAUGGACAAGAGAAUUGAACAGGGACCGGAUUACGAUGAGGAGAAGGACACAAAGAAAUAACUAUUAAAA